AUGAACGACAUCACCCAUCCUCCCCUCCCAAACGCCCUCUACAAACCCGGAAUCCACACAAUCUGGUCCAACGUCCUCUUCGAAACAUCUCUAGGUUGCAACCACGUCAUCCUCGUACAACCCUCCUUCUACGGCGCCGACAAUACCUUUAUGCUCAACGCUCUAGUCGGCUAUGGUCCCGAGCGAGCCCGAGCAGUAGUAGUUUUCGACGCCGAAAAUAUCACCACGCAGCAGCUACAAGAGUGGGAUGAUAUAGGCGUUCGAGGCGUGCGUUUGAAUUUCGCUUCUACGGAACGUAUUCUUACCAAAGAGGAAUUACGGGGUAUGUUGGUGAGGUAUGCGGAAUUGGUCAGGCCUUGGGAUUGGGUGGUGCAGUUAUACAUCAAUAUGGAGCAGAUUCCUAGUAUUGAGGAUGUGGUGAUGGGACUUGGGGUACGGGUAGUAUUUGAUCAUAUGGGUGCUCCGCAACUCCCCGAGUCCUUAACAGGAGAUCUGAUCAAUCCUUAUGGAAUUACGGGAUUUGGAAGUCUGGUCCGUUUGCUACAGCAGGGGAAUUCGUACGUGAAGAUUUCGGCGCCGUACCGAUUUUCCCGCACGGGAGGACCUUUGUAUCGGGAUCUGGAGACUUUGAUCAAGGAGCUGGUGAGGGUUGCGCCGCGGAGAGUGGUUUAUGCUUCUGAUUGGCCGCAUACGAGAUUUGAUGGGUUGGAUAUUGUGCCUUGGACAAGGAAUUUGAGGGAACUUGUGGGGGGAUUGGGAGAGGGGGUGGUGGAAGGGUUGUUUAGGGAUAAUGCUGAGGGUUUGUGGAGGUCGAGGUGA